UACAAGUUGCUUGAAGUGGAAGCCCGCCUCCUAAACAAACAUACGCACCUCUGCGUUGGUUCAUUACGUAAUUACAACCUUAAAGGAAAUUUCUUUAUAACCUGAAAGGAAAUGUCUUCCUGACAAAUUCAGUUGUCAGCGUAUGCCCUGCCACCUAGUCAGCAUCAUCAGGAAUCCAGUGUUUGGCUGGAGCCAUCCCUUCCAGUGGAUAAUCUACUAAUGCAGGGGUUCUCAACAGGAGGUAAACAAGUACCCCUAAGGCAAGAUGGAAUUUGAACUCUUAUGGUCUCAGCUGUAAAGUGAAAUAACAGUACUCCGACUGUCCAAGGCUGCAAUGGAAGUGGAAGGAGCAAAUGCGAAUGCCAGCAUAUCCCAGGGAUCCGAAAGCCAGCCUCAUUCAACAUACCUAGCAAACCCGUUAAUGGGUGAUUUUGUUUCUGAUUGGUCUCCUUUGCAUGAUGCUUCAAUUCAUGGGCGCCUGCUUGCUCUGAAGAAACUCAUCAAUCAGGGGACCAGUGUGAAUCUAAUGACAGCUGAUCGCGUUUCUCCUCUCCAUGAAGCCUGUUUAGGGGGACAUUCUGCUUGUGCCAGUGUUUUAUUAAAACAUGGAGCCCAUAAGGAAAACAUGGAGGCAUGCCAUGUGAACUUGCAUCAAAACAAAACCCAAGAACAGAGGAGAGGGGCUGCUUCCCUCAAUGCUGUAAAUGGGGCUACUAUUGACUGGAACACACCCUUGUUCAAUGCUUGUAUCAAUGGCAGUGUUGACUGCUUGAACCUGUUACUGCAGCAUGGAGCCAGUCCACAUGCUGUUUGUGACCUGGCAUCACCCAUCCAUGAAGCUGCUAAGAGAGGUCAUAUUGAAUGUGUGGAAUCCCUUGUAUCUCAUGGAGUCAGUAUUGAUCACAACAUAAAGCAUCUUGGGACUCCACUCUCUGUCGCUUGUGAGAAUCAGCAAGUGGAUUGUACCAAAAAAUUACUUGAGUCAGGAGCAAGUGCAAAUAGUGGGAAAGGUCUAGAUUCCCCUCUCCACAUCGCUGCUCAAAAAUCCAAUGCUGACUUGGUACAUUUGCUCAUUGACUUUGGAGCAGACACAAGAUCUCUAAAUGCUGAGGGCAAAAAACCAGCAGAGAUGGUUCCCUCAAACAGCACUUUAGCACAGAUAUUUCUACAGCGAGAAGGGCCCUUGUCCUUGAUGCAGUUAUGCCGCCUGUACAUAAGAAGGUAUUUGGGAUCCCAUCAGCAGCGCAGAAUAAGUGAACUUCUAUUACCAGAUGAGCUGAAACGGUUUCUUCUGUAUCUUUAAAUGUUUUUUUAAUGUCCUGCUGAACUAUUAAAAUUUCUCAUUUAUUUCUCAUGUAUACAGUUCUCAUACAGUUUACAAUACAAACAUCAAUGCAGGGUUUUCAGUGACUUUGAUCUUCCAGAUUUGUAAGCUCACUUCUUUUUAUUUACAUAUACAGGGCUACAGACCUAAUGUAUAUAUUAUAGGUGCUUUUAAAAUAAGUAAACAAUAAAUAGAAAUAACUGUGCAAGUA